AAGUAAAAGUUAAAUAUGUAUGCGCGUAAAAAUGUAUGAAUGGCUCUAAAUAUUCAAACACCUCUAAUUGUCCAUAGCUAUGAGCACUAAUACAAACACUCAGCACAAUUAAUAUACGUGUUGUCAUGUACAAAACCUUGAGUAACGCAAUUAUCCUUUAGGUUCGCGCUGCAGGCCACAAAAAUGUAAAUAUAUAUGAACUUCAAAUAUGUUUUGCUUAAAUACGCACAAACUUCAGUAGUUGACUGCUGCCCUUCUACUACUCCUAACAUCACAACAACAUCCCCAUUAAAUCGUCAAGGUAAUCGGAGAAGCGCAGAAACUCGCUGACCAAGCGUUGUAAGUGACUAGAGAAGCGCUAUAAAGCAUACUACACAUGGUAGACGAACAUACAUGCAGAACCUUGUGCAACAUUGUCACACCCAUAGAGCAUGACGAAGCAGUUGUAAGAAAUGCUAUUUAAAGCAACUGCAAAUUAUUGUGAUCUCGAGUGCAACGCACACACGCAAAUGCCACAUAAGCUUGCCAUAGCUGAGCACCACUAGUAGAGUGCUUCUUUUUUUGACGAGCUGACCUGUGCAACUCCCCGUGCGGACAACUCUUCGUCUUCUUAUUGCGAGACACAACGUCGUUAAUUAACACAAGAAAUUCCCCGAAUACGCGGCGACCUGAUGACUAUGGCAGAAGGUACCGACCCCAUGGGGCAUCAGGCGGGCUCCCAUCAUCACAAUCAUCACACCCAUCACAAUCACCACAGCCACCAGCACCAGCAUCAUCCGCACCAACAUCCGCAUCAGCGCCACUCGUCAUCGGCCCAUCCUCAUUAUGCCCCUUACGCUGCGGCCGCGGCCGCUGCGGCUGCUGCCCACAUGCAGUAUCCGUUGCCUCAACAUUUGCCGUUGGCACUUAGCUUACAACAUCAGGCGGCUGCUGCUGCAGCGGCGGCUGCAGUGGCUGCUGAGCAUGUGAAUAACAACAACAACAACAAUCAACCGUUUGUGUCCAAUAAUAAUGUCGUGCCGUGGAAGCAGCGCAAGCGGAAACGUUUGUCGGCGGUGUUGGAUAAGUUGCAUAAUCACAAUAACAACAACAAUAACAACAACAAUAGUAGUAGUAGUAAUAAUAAUAACAGCCACAGCACAACGAACAACAAUGGCGGCUUCAAUGCAAAUGGCAACAACAAUAAUAACAAUAACAAUGUUAGUGACUUAAGCAAUCACAAUCGCAGUCAGGCGGACCGCAUGGACGGAACGGAUGAGGAUGUCGAGAAUGAGGCUAAUUAUAAGAACAACAAAAACAACAACCACGUGAGCUCGAAACGGCAAAACUGCGGCGAUGGCGAUAGUGGGAAAACGUUAGCGUGUAAUAAACGUUCGUUUAGUGAGCUCAGCGCCGACGAAGCGGAAGCAUGUGAUGCUGAGCCCGAAGCUGAAGUCGAUGCGAUGUCUGAAGAUUUAUCGCAUGAAAAUGAUAGUCCUCGUAUCAGCAUGAGUCCACUGCAGUUGGUCUCAACGCACGACAGUCCGUCCGGUGCAGCUCAUCCUACGACUACGGCCGUCACCACAGCUGCAUCAUCGACACCCAGCGACAAUCCGCUGCAUGUCGACAUUAAGACUGAACACAUGCACAAUCCCUACGAUCGCUACUUUCCCAUACCCUCACCACUUUUCGGCUACUAUUUGCACACCAAGUAUUUGAAUGAAGUUUUUCGACGACGUCAAGAUCUCUAUACAUCACCCAUGCAGCAUACGCCAUCGUCAAUCGCUUCAUCGUUGGCCGACGAGACAUCGCCCACUAAUUUGCCGCAUUCGGGAGCUUACAUCGAUCAUCCACCGCCAUUUCCACCAAUUUCAACAGCUACGGCACAGGUUGCAGCCGGUGGACCGGGACGUUCCCCACCGCCAGCCGUUACAGUUGCACUACCCUCGCCUCCACGCAGCGACUCGUCUGUGACUACAGCGGCAACAGCGAACAACACCCGCGCCAGCCCCCCGCCUGCUACGCAAGCCAACACAUCAGAUCCGGCCAUUAUGCCACCACCACAAGAGCGUCCGUUGGACUUGUCGGUACGCAGUGGAGGCAGUACGCCUACCUAUGAACUGUUGGGUGGCAAAAAGUACAAAUCGCCCUCGCCACUACCGGCGACCACGCUCAUGUUGCCACCAGCACAGCAACCUGUCUCGGCCACAGUAAGCGCCGCCUCCAUGUCGCCGAGUAACAGUGAACGUUCGAAAUCGACUACAGCCAACAGUGGUGGUCAUAGUCACAACAGCAACAGCAACAACCAUCACUCACCUUUAGCCAGUUCACCCUCACCCGUUUCCCCGUACGCCGCAGCUGCUGCCGCAGCACAUGCAGCCGCCGCCGCUGCCGCUGCUAUGAUCAAACUCGAAAUGCCAAUGCAUCCAUUACAUCCACACGCAUCUACCACGACCGUAGGCGUGCCCGUGAUAAAGGGUGACGUUGCUUCUCCCACAACCAAGGAAUCCGUCGCCUGGCGCUACAAUCUCGACGUCUCACCGGUGGUGGAGGAAAUGCCACCCGGUUCAGAUGUGGCUUACGUGUGCCCCGUUUGCGGCCAGAUGUUUUCACUACACGAUCGUCUUGCCAAACAUAUGGCAUCGCGACACAAAUCGCGUAAUCCUGCCAACGACAUAACCAAAGCCUACUCGUGCGAGGUGUGUGCGCGCUCCUUUGCUCGUUCCGAUAUGCUAACACGUCACAUGCGGCUACAUACCGGCGUCAAGCCGUACACUUGCAAAGUGUGCGGUCAGGUGUUCUCACGUUCCGAUCACUUGUCCACGCAUCAACGCACACACACCGGCGAGAAGCCCUACAAGUGUCCACAGUGUCCGUAUGCUGCGUGCCGACGCGAUAUGAUUACACGUCACAUGCGCACACACACGCGCUACGAAUCACAGCAACGAGGCGGUGGCGGUCCGAGUGCUGGCAGUGAAUCAGGUGGUCCAUCAAAGUCACCACUACCGCUGCUGAGCGAUAUGAAAAUGAAUUUGCCAAUGUUGUUGAAGAGCGAGGAGUUGGCCGGUAAAUCACCAAUGCAUAGCGGUAUCGGUGGCGGUCUGCCAAUAGUUGUGAAGACAGAGAGCGCCUAGUGGCGUCUAUGCGCAUACAGAGGCUGCAAAACAUGAUGGCGCACGCGGCGUGUGCUCUCCUAUGGAAAGCGAGACGAAAUAGCACAUACUCCCGCAGAGGACUCAAGUAAGCGAUGAAAAAAUGUAUAAGGUGAACUCGGAUUAAUUAAGUGCCGUGUGAAGAAGCGUAGACAAAACAGUAAAAGAUAAAUUUAGUUAUUUUAAAUUUGUUUUGAAAAUCUCUUUGUGAAGACUGAGACUAAGUUAAGCAUAACAAUGAAUUUAAGCAUAAUAUUUGAUUACCUAAUGCGCAGGAUGGAGGACAGAUUCGUAACAGUGCAAGCUAACAGAAUGCGGUUACAAAAAUUUAGAUAUGAACAGCUGAUAAUGGUGUGGAGAAAGAUGAAGAAAGCUUUCACUUAAGCUUUGGUUAUUUAACAAACUUUUUUGUCAAAGCUUUGAACUAAAAAGUGAAGCUGUCGUCUCGUAGAACCUUAAAAUAUAACUCAAAAUUUUUUGUGAAAGCUCUGGUCAAUGUUUUCUUUUUCUAUUUUACAGCUCAAUUUUAUUAUUGCACUUGAAAAGCUAUGAGGUAUCACAAUUUUUGUGAAAGCUUGCGAGAAUUUCAUUUUAUAUAAAAUACAUCUAAUAACUGCUUAUUUUAAAUUAGUGAAGCUGCGAUUUUCGGAAAAAUCAAAUAUCAUUUAAACUACUUUGUGAAAGCUUCGAAAAGCUUAUAAAUAAAUUAAUUUACUUUACUAACAAACUUUUUCAGCAGAGCUUAAAAUUUCGGUUUCUUUUUGUAAAAACUUUUAAAAUAUUUUUUCAAAUUUCUUGCUGAAAAAUUGGUUUAGCUUAAAAUGCGCUUUCACUAAUAUAUAAAUUAAGCUUUUUGUGAAAGCUUAUGGAGACUGUUAUCUUGUUUUUAAUUAAACUUUGUUUUAUGGAACUUUAUUUCAAUUCCUAUAAAGUCAAUAUUUUACUUUAACAUUUUUGGUGAAAGCUCUGAAUAAUAUUUAUUUGUAAUUCACGAUAGUUUAACGAAACUCCAAAAAGAAUUUCUUUUUAUCUUAGAAAAAUAAAAUAUCACCUAAACUUUUAUAUGAUUUCAUGCUAACAAAUUUGCAAAUUUCAAUAUGAAUUCGACUUUUUUGUGAAAGCUUAAGAAAGUUUAUCUCUUUAGUGAAAGUUAAAACUUUUUGCUGCAGCUAAUUUUCGAUUUUCGUGAAAUAAAAUUCUCAAGAACUUUCGUAGUUCGGAGUUUUCGGAAUUUAUAACAACUUUGGCGCAAGCUUUCACUUUUUUCCAAUACUUUUCAGUUAAGCGCUCUUGCUCUCACACUAUUAUCAGCCGUAGUUGUAUUGAGACCAAAUUUGAUAUUUUUUUAAAUUAAAUAUGAUUAUAAAAUUUAACUUUUAAGACAAAUGGUUGUGAACAGCAAAUCAGCAUUGAUUAAUUUUUCUCAAGAGCACAAGCAUUUUUUUCAAUCUUCCUCAUUCUCCCUCGUUCUCUUAUAAGCACAUUUAAAGCAAAACAAACAAAUAAUGUAGACAAUUAAGAGAUUAUUGACAUCGUACACCGUUAGGGUACUUUUGUAAUUUUAAUUUAAAUAAUCAUUUAAUAUUUAAUUAAAA